AUGCCUUCAUCUUCUCAGCAUCCUGCAACUCUGGUCACCUCUCCUCACAAGGCAGUGGACCCAAAGGAUGCCAUCAUGGGUAUCGUUUAUUCUGCUUGGGAGGUGUUGCAUGAGGCAGAGCCCCUCGACCUGGUCAUGGACUUCGAGUUUCUCAUAUCCAUCAUGGCUUUUGUGGUGCGAGGAGUUGAUCUUGCCCAAGCGGGCUGCUGCCUUUCAGCGAGCAAGGAUCUGAACCCCCCUCCGGUGACUGAGGCUUCUGCUCACAUGCCUUCUGAUACUGGGGAGGUCAUGGCCUCUGACUCUCUGACUGCUUUCACCAGCACUGAUGAUGCUUUUCUCUCUGUUGCUCUGGCCUCUUCUUCUGUAGUAGCUGCACCUGUCAUAGCUCCUGCUGCUAUUGGUAUUCCUGUCCCAAAGUUUGAGUUCCAGGCCUGUGCAACAGACCCAGUUGCUAUCAACCCUCCUUCUGACUCUGGUGCUGUGGCUAUGAAAGUUGAUCCUUCACUUGCUACUGUGGUCACUGAAUCACCUUCCGCACAAGGCUCUGAGGUUAUUGAGGUCUCCAGCAAUGACGAGGAUGACAGCGAUAGUGAUGAGGUCGAGUUCAUGAGCAGAAACCUUCUAAACCUCUCACCAGUGCAUUCGAAGAAGGGCAAGGGUCGUGGUCGCAAGUCCACCAAGGCUUCCAAAAUGACUACGAACUUGGAGGACCAAGUAUCUCCUGGCUUGGCAGAAGCUGUCUAUUGCUUGUUUGGGCCGGUCCAUACCUUGCCUGACACGCCUGAGCCCAAUGCCAAGUCCGACGCUGAAGGCACACCUGAGGUUGUUACCGUCAAGCAAGAGAAGGGCACUGCUGGGCCUUCUCGUCAUAAGUUGGUGAUUCCUCUGCCGCCAUGUGGCCAAUUCAACAGGCCUCUCAAGUGUCCUCACUUUAACGACUCCGACCCAGAUAACAUCAUGACGCAACAUGCCCAUGCUAGCACCAUUGUCGUUCCAUCUACUAAGGUUCUCAAGCUGCACUCGUCAAAAGGCAAGGCUCAUGCAAAGGGCUCUUUCAAAGCUGUGACCAUGAAGUCAGAGCUGUUUAGCUCUUCGCCAGCCACCAUUGAGCCUUUCGAAACCAGUACACAACUUGAGUGGAUGAUCGAGCUGUUGCAGCAGCUUCACAAGAAGAAUCAGGCCUGA